AUGGGUAUCGAUCUUAAGAACCACCACGUCAAGAAGUCCAACCGCACAGCUCCCAAGUCGGAAAACGUCUACCAGUUGUUGUUGGUCAAGUUGUACCGCUUCCUUGCCCGCCGUACUGAUGCCGACUUUAACAAGGUCGUCUUGAAGCGUCUUUUUAUGUCGCGUAUCCACCGCCCUUCUGUCACCGUCUCUCGUCUUGUCAAGAACAACCAAGAGGGUAAGACUUUGGUCGUUGUUGGUAACGUCACCGAUGACUCUCGUCUUCUUGACUUGCCCAAGCUCUCUGUUGCCGCUCUUCGCGUCACCAAGACUGCUCGCGCUCGCAUCCUUAAGGCUGGUGGUGAAAUCUUGACUUUGGAUCAAUUGGCUCUUCGUGCCCCCACUGGUUCCAACACUGUCUUGCUUCGUGGUGCCAAGAACUCUCGUGAGGCUGUCAAGCACUUUGGCAUGGGUCCCCACAAGAACAAGAAGCCUUACGUCCGCAGCAAGGGCCGCAAGUUCGAGAAGGCUCGUGGCAAGCGUGCCAGCCGUGGUUUCAAGGUCUAA